UUUCAGAAUGUGAAUCUACCACGAGCGCAUAAACCUCGCAGAGAUGGACAAGCCGACCAUGCACAUGCUCUCCGUGGAGGAGAAGGGGGGCGAGACAAGGAGGGUCAACCAGUAUAUUGCUGCUGUGGCAGCGGCAAUAGGCGCAGUCAUAGCUGGCACCAUACUGGCCUGGACGUCCCCCGCGCUGCCGCAGCUGGAGCCGUGGCGCGCCCCCGCGGCCCCCGGGGCCCCGGCGACCCCCGCGCUGGUUAAUAGCAGUCAUCUGGUGAACUCGCUGAAUCAGACCGCGCCGUGGCUACUGGAUACUAAGGAGAGUUCCCUAGUCUCCUCAAUCCUGGCCAUAGGGGCGGCAGUGGGAGCCCUGCCCACAGGCAUGCUAGCACAGCGCGCAGGGCGGAGACCCACGAUCCUCAUACUGGCGAUACCGUUCAUGCUGAGCUGGCUACUAACCAUCUUCGCGAACGGCGCUGGCAUGCUCAUAGCGGCGAGGUUUAUCGCUGGGUUGGCUACUGGUGGCAUCUGCGUAGCAGCCCCCAUGUACAUCGGUGAAAUCGCCGAGACCUCUAUCAGAGGCUCGCUCGGGGCAUUUUUCCAGCUGUUCCUGACUGUGGGCAUCCUGUUCACGUUUGUGAUCGGGGGCUGGACGCAUUGGAGAGUACUGUCUAUUGUGUCGGCCGUGCUGCCUCCACUGCUGGUUGCUGUGUUCUGGUGGAUGCCCGAGACGCCCGCCUACCUACUCGGCCGUCACCGGCGGCGCGACGCGGAGAAGGCUCUGCGCUGGCUGCGCGGCCCUGACGCAGACUUGACCGUGGAGCUGGAGGCUAUGCAGAAGGAGGUGGACGACGCCGCUCGUCAGAAAGCCGGCAUGCUAACCAUGGUCACCAACCGAGCGCCCCUAAUGGCCCUCAUCUGUUCUCUAGGCCUCAUGCUGUUCCAGCAGUUCUCUGGAAUCAACGCUGUCAUCUUCUACACUAACAACAUCUUCCAAUCAGCUGGCUCGGAUAUUGACCCUGUUAUUGCUACUAUUAUUGUAGGUGUUGUACAAAUGAUUGCCACGUACAUAUCUUCGCUUUUAGUCGAGCGAGCUGGUAGAAGAAUCUUAUUGCUUCAAAGCUGUGUGAUUAUGGGUAUCUGUUUGAUUAUUCUUGGCGUGUAUUUUAAACUGCAAGAGGAUAAGGUAGAUGUGUCUUCAGUCGGCUGGAUACCAUUAGUUUGUCUGAUACUGUUCAUCCUAUCCUUUUCUUUAGGUUUCGGUCCGAUUCCUUGGAUGAUGAUGGCGGAAUUGUUUGCUGUGGAGUUCAGAGGUACCGCGUCGGGUAUAGCCGUGAUAUUCAACUGGUGUCUAGUGUUUAUUGUGACGCUAUGUUUUCCGCUAAUGAAGGAUGCGAUAGGCAUUUACAGUUGCUUCUGGUUUUUCGCUUGUUUCAUGGUUAUUUGUAUAUUCUUUGUGUUCAUUUUGAUUCCCGAGACUAAGGGUAAAACGGUGUCUCAGAUUCAAGCUAUACUUGGUGGUAGGAGGGCGUAGAUUUUGAGCUUUAUUUACAUAAAGGGUAGAGAGAUUAUUUUGCAGUCACAAGUAGAUUGUAGGCAGGAUACUAUUAUGGCGUGUGUUCAGGGAUUAUGGUAAAAUACUCGUUGCUUUUAUAUUAUUUUGCUAACAAUAUUGUUGUGAAGACUAUGAAGUAACAAAAGUUAAAAAUACUUAGGUAGGUAUUUCCAAUAAUUUUAUGAUGAUUUGAGUCCUUACAUCUUCAAAUUUUGUUGCUUUAGCUUUCUACUUUGUCGCUUUAGUUUUCAAAUUUCAAAAAAACACGUACCAAAGAGUUGGCCAAUAAAUAUAAUUUUAAUUCUGGGAUUCAGAUUAUAAGUAAUUUAUUAAUCUUAGUUGGUUAUCCGUUUACCAUUUAUAGUGUACCUAGCUGUAAAUGUAGUAUUGUAGACAAUAAUACAAAGAGGUAAUCAAGGGAUAUCUUGUAAACCAUAUCGAUAGUUAGUGAAAGCAUUUUUAUAUUCGUUGUAUUAGUUAGCUUUUGGGCACUAAAGUACAAUAUUUAAUGUAUGUUUAGGCACUAGGUUAGGCCAUAGAGAUAGUCCUAGAUCAAGUAGUUAUAAGUUGUAGUACUUAUGUAAAUAAAUGUUGCUCUAAAUUAAUUGUAAAGGGCAGUUUGUAAUAAUGCGCAAUGUAUCUCCAGCCAAUCAGAGAAUACCUAGUUUUUAGAUUGAUGAAUUAACCAAUGACAAGUGAGCAUUAGGGUAAAGGCUGCCACCUACAUGUAGCUU